AUGACGUCUCCUGCGGAGUCCGAGACCUCAGGUUUUGGAGGUCGGACCAAUACUUGUGUUCCACCACCAACCGAUGUGGACCAGGAGUCAGGUUUGGUUGGAGCUGAAGCUGACACUUCUUGGGAGGGUGUGAUUCAGACCAAUAAGUCCUAUAUCAAAUGUAUACUGGAGCUCUUUGUCCUGCAGACUCAGCCUGUCCACCAUACUUGUCUAGAGUUCCAAUGGGAUUAUCCGCCAGCUACCUUGAGCACGCCACCUCAAUUUAUGGUUCCAGAUGCUUACAACCUCACUAUUACGGCCACAACGCGUAAAGGCUCAGGGCCUCAUCUGCUGCUGCAGCUGCACACUGAUGAAGGAGGGCCCAUGUCUCCUCCCCGCAACCUCACCAUAUACAACCACACGGCAUUCUCUGUGUGGCUGAGGUGGGAGUCUCCCCUGGAGCCCAAUGGAGUGGUGAUACAGUACGGCUUCAGGAUCCGAGACCUCAUCACACACUCCGUCACACACAAGAACUCCUCCGGUACAACGACCACAGAGUAUAUAUCAGGAUUCAGGCCUCAUAGCUCCUAUGAGACCUGUGUUUACAGCUACACCCGAGUGGGCCAUGGGAAUCAGUUCAGCAGCCCAGUGACCUUCACCACUAACGAGUCAGCCCCAGCUGCCCCUCGCUUCCUCACCAUCUCUCAGGUCACAACUAACAACGUGACGCUUCACUGGACUGCACCGUUUUCCAUUCCGGGCCUCCUGACUGGGUACCACAUCAUCGUGCAGCUGCUUUCAACAGUCUGUGAGCCAAAUGCACUGAGUACCGCAAAGCCGGCCCCAGAGGAUGAACUGAGCCCAGGCUGCGUGGACUCUAAUGCCACAGUGUCAGUGAACGCGUCGGAUGGCAUGGAAGAGAACGGCGGCGUCACACUCCACUCCUUGGCUAAGUACAGAUACUACCGCUUCAAAGUGGCUGCUGUGACCAGGGCUGGAGUCGGGGAAUAUACACAGUGGAAAUAUGCACGUACACUGGCUGGAAACCCUGAUGAGCCUCCCCGGGACAUGAAUGUGAUUCCCUCAUCCAACGGCCUUCGCAUUUCAUGGGGUGCUCCCGCUGUUCUCUCUGGACCGACUUCUUAUCUUGUUCGGGUGGAUGGUCUUGGUUUGAACUUCUCAACGGUCAGAGCUCCGGGAGAGUUGACGACUGUCGUUGUGACCAACUUGACUGCUUUCACUCGUUACUCGGUGACUGUCACCUCGUUCACUGGUCCGUUGGAGCACGCUGCCAGCAAUGGAAAAUCCAUCGGGCCUAUUGAAUUUCAAACAAUGGAGGAGGAGCCCAAAGACCCUCCCAAGAAUGUGACAGUAUCAGUUAUCCCAGAGGAGGUGAACCAUGUGAAGGUGACUUUUACCCCUCCAGGAGAGCCCAAUGGACAAAUAACUGCUUACUUUGUGUACAUCUACGAAAAAGACCAACUGGUCCAGAACAUCAACCUUAAUAUCACAGAAAGAGAGGGAAACAGGAUGAGUGCUGUCAUAAGAGGCCUAAAGGGAGGACACAGCUACAGCGUCCAGAUUUUAGCAAAGAACGGGGCUGGGAGUGGCCCACCCAGCCCACCCGUCCAGAUAACUACAGGAAUCAUAGCCCCGGCCAAACCAACCCAAAUACCUACGGCAGUGCUAGGCAAUGGAGGGGUUGCCAUGCUAACCCACAGGAGUAUCACCAUCCGCAUGCCUGCCUGUUUCUAUAGGGAUGACAACGGACCAAUCACAAAAAUUCAGGUCAUCGUGGCGGAGUCAGGUGUGAAGGACAUCCAGAACCUGACCAACUGGAAGAAGGCCUUCUUUGAUCGUGCCGCCCCUUACCUGACCGACACGGGGUUCCCCAACCCGCCGUGUCCGUUGGAGGACGGGUCUGUGCGCACAAGCACACAGGUCAGAGGCGGUCGCAGUGUCUGUGGGGGCGCGGCCAGCAGCGAGACUAGAUCCCACUACGGCAGAAACGUACGUGAUCGGUCGAAACGAUGGCUGUAUAAAGGAGAACAUGGACGGACUGUUGACCAGAGAAGAGCAAAUCAUUCUGGGUGUUUUGCUCUCCUUCUUUUGGCCGUGUUGCUCAUUGUCAUCAUCUGUGGCUCUGUCAAAAUCCAACAGCGCAAGAAGGAGGGCGGGACUUACUCACCCAGAGAGGCAGAGAUCAUAGAGACCAAGUGUAAACUGGAUCAGCUGAUUGCCGUUGCAGAUCUGGAGCUGAAACUGGAAAAACUCAACCGGUACUCUUCCUUCUUCUUUAGGCGGAAAGAGAUAUAUGUCAUCCAGCUGCUCAGCUACAGGAAAUCACUCAAGCCCGUCAACAAGAAGUCUUUUCUGCAGCACGUAGAGGAUCUGUGUGCUAAUGACAAUGCCAAGUUCCAGGAGGAGUUUGCUGAGCUUCCAAAGUUGCUGCAUAACCUGGCCACCACAGAUGCAGACUUGCCCUGGAACAAAUCAAGGAACCGCUUCCCCAACAUCAAACCUUACAAUAACAACCGAGUGAAGCUGCUGUCUGAACCGGGAUCCGCGGGCUCUGACUACAUCAACGCCAGCUUCGUCUCAGGCUACCAUUGUCCCAACGAGUUCAUCGCCACCCAGGGCCCCCUGCCGGGCACAGUGGCUGAGUUUUGGAGAAUGAUCUGGGAAACGGGAACCCACACCAUCGCCAUGCUCACGCAGUGUUAUGAGAAAGGCAGAAUUCGGUGUCACAAGUACUGGCCAGAGGACAAUAGGCCAAUGUCAGUGUUCAGUGACAUUCUCAUCUCAAAGGUGUCAGAGGAAGUCCUUCCUGACUGGACGGUCAGAACCCUGAAAGUAGAAAAGCACGGGCACUAUAUGGUUCGCCACUUCAACUACACAUCGUGGCCCGAGCAUGGAGUGCCAGAGUCCUGCACCACUCUCAUCAAGUUUGUGAAAGCUGUCCGAUCCCACAGACACAACAACACCACCAUAGUGGUCCACUGCAGCGCUGGUGUGGGAAGAACAGGCGUGUUUAUCGCUCUGGACCACGUUAUUCAGCACGUCAGAGAUCACGACUUUGUGGAUGUCUAUGGCCUCGUGGCGGAGCUCCGCAGUGAGAGGAUGUGUAUGGUACAGAAUCUGGCCCAGUACAUCUUCCUGCACCAAAGUACACUGGAACUUCUAAACAACAAAGGCAACAGCCAAUCCAUCUGGUUUGUCAGCUAUUCAGCUCUGGAGAAGAUGGACUCCCUCGAUGCCAUGGAAGGUGAUGUUGAGCUGGAAUGGGAAGAGACCACCAUGUAAAAGGCUGACUGAGGGAUACCG